CCUUGAUACAUAAUUGCUCGCGAGGCGCCCUUGCCCGCAACUUUGCGCGUCACAAUAUUUCCUCUCCUUGUUGCGUCUUCGCAUACGUCCUGUCACGAGAUGCCUUCAAUAUCCAGAGCCCUGCGCACUGCCCGCGCCUUCUCACCAAGCACGACAAAGACAUACUUCAAUCUCUCGCGCUCCUUUUCCUCGUCUCUCCGCCGCAAUGAAAUCAACAAAAUCUACCCCAGCGCCGCCGCUGCCAUCGAAGACAUGUCGUCCAACAGCACCCUGCUGUGCGGUGGAUUCGGUCUCUCCGGCGUACCAGACACGCUGAUUGAGCAAGUCAAGAACACGCCCACAAUCACCGGCUUGACUGCCGUAUCAAACAACGCCGGCGUUGUAGGAGGUGGUCUUGGUCUGCUGCUGGAGAGCAAGCAGGUCAAGAAGAUGAUUGCCAGUUAUGUCGGCGAGAACAAGGUCCUCGAGCAAAUGUACCUCACUGGCGAACUAGAGCUCGAACUCACCCCCCAGGGCACCCUCGCCGAAAGAUGUCGAGCAGGCGGCGCCGGCAUCCCCGCCUUUUACACACCCGCCGCUUUUGGCACCGUUGUGCAGACGGGCGAACUAGCGCUUCGCCACAACAACGACGGCAGCGUAGCCCAGUACUCGACGCCCCGCGACGUCAAGGUCUUCUCUGGCAAGAGCUAUGUCAUGGAGGAAAGCAUCAAAGGCGACUAUGCCUUUAUCAAGGCCUACAAGGCCGACCGCCUAGGCAACGUUCAAUUCCGCUACUCGGCCCAAAACUUCAACGGAGCCAUGGCCCGCAACGCAAACGUCACCAUUGUCGAAGCCGAGCACAUUGUCGAUGUGGGCGAGAUUCCUCCCAAUGCCGUCCACGUUCCCGGCAUCUAUGUCGACCGCGUCAUCCAGUCCACCGCUGCCAAGAAUAUUGAAAAGGUUGUCAAUGCCAAAGACCCCUCGGAAGCCGUCUCUGCCCUCGGUAAGCGCGAACGCAUUGUGCGCCGCGCCGCCAAAGAAUUCAAAAACGGCAUGUACGCCAACCUGGGCAUCGGCAUGCCCAUGCUCGCUCCUUCGUUCGUCGAUCCCUCAGUCGAAGUCCAACUGCAAUCCGAAAACGGCAUCCUGGGCCUAGGCCCUUACCCGCAAAAGGGCCUCGAGGACCCGGAUCUUAUCAACGCUGGCAAGGAAACCGUUACCCUCCUCCCCGGUGCCUCGUGCUUUGGCUCGGAAGAAUCUUUUGGCAUGAUUCGCGCUGGAAAAAUCAACCUCACCAUCCUCGGCGCCAUGCAAGUCUCUGCCAGAGGCGACCUUGCAAACUGGAUGCUACCCGGUAAAGUCAAGGGCUUUGGCGGCGCAAUGGAUCUCGUCUCGAAUCCGCAAAAGACAAAGGUUGUUGUCACCAUGGAACACACGGAUAAAAAGGGCCGGCCCAAGAUUCUCAAGCAGUGCGAGUUUCCGCUUACGGGUAAGGCGUGUGUGAGUAGGAUUAUCACUGAGUUGUGCGUAUUCGACGUCGACUUUACAGAAGGUCUCACCCUGAUUGAACUCGCCGAUGGCGUCACCGUCGAUGAAGUUCGCGCCAAGACGGGCGCUGAUUUCAAGGAAGCCGCGGAAAUUAAGCCCAUGUUGUAGAUGAAUAAAUUCCAGGCCAGGGUGGUGGGUAGUAAAGAAUGAGCGUGGAGAGAGUGUUAGUUAGAGCGUGCAAGAGAAAUGGAGAAAUGUGUGAAGAGAGUUGAAUAAGCAUCAAGUAAGAGUGGAGAAAAAAAGAGGAAAAAGAGGAAGAUUACCACGCCAAUUCAAGUCAAACCAAAUA